GCCGGUGCCGCGUGUGUCGCAUGGGAAACCAGCAAUCCGGAACUCGGUCAGCGAAGACGCACAUUGCGCUGCUGGGAGAUUCCACCAUUGACAACGGGCGCUGGGUUCCCCGCGGUGAGCCUUCGGUCUUUGAUCAGGUGCAGCAGUUGGAGCCGAACGUCACACUGUGUGCUCGAGACGGAGCUCUGAUUGGCGCCAUCAGAGAGCAGUUGAAACAAAUUCCGCACGAUGCAAGUCAUGUGGUCGUCUCCGUGGGGGGCAACAAUGCUACAGGUGCCAGCACUACCGUCCUGGGUGGACCGGUGACCGACUGCGAAGAGGCCUUGGAUCGACUGCACAACUUUGCUGCGGAAUUUGAAGCGGAAUUUACGGCAGAAAUGACUCAUUUGAAGAAUUGCAUUGGAGAUAAGCAGUUGGUGGUUUGUUCUUGUUACAACCCUGCCUUUGCUGCCUGGAACGUAGUCACUGUGAAGCAGAGCGUAGCGAACAUGGCUUUGAGUGUUUUGGCCGACGCUGUCCUACGCGUGGCCACACGCCUCAAAGCACCUGUCAUCGACCUGCGCAGGGUCAUGAACAAGGUGGAGGACUUUGCAAAUCCUAUUGAACCCAGCAGCUUGGGUGGCGCGAAGAUUGCUGCAGAGAUUGUCAAAGUGGUGCGAACGCAUCCGUUUGAGAAGGGAACUGUGGUCUAUCCGAAGGAAUACCCAGAGUCGGAGCUAGUUGAGCUGGCUUUGCCACAAAACAACGUGGUAUCGGAUAGUGUCGCCACAACUGCCGCGUCUGCUGCGCAUGUGUUGCGUGGGGGCGUUAGUGCCAACGAGUAG